AUGACUUACGAACCUCCAAGCCCUUCUCGGAUCUACGGAGCGUUUGCGGACCCGCGCAUCAUGACGGUCUUGAGGAGAGUGAGUCAAAGGGGGGCGCGCGACGCGCUGAUGAAUGCGGCUCGUCACGAAGAAAUCGCUCUCUGUGCCAUCAGGACGGUGGCUUUCCUGAAGACCCAUAUCCAGUCCGAGGACAGCGCAGAUGAUGAGCCAGGCGGCGUAUGCUACCGUCUGUCCCACCGCUUGAUCGAGAAACUGAGGGGGAAGGAUGCCGCGACCGUCUCAGCGGCCAUGAUCCUCCUGGAUACUUUGUUUUCCGAGGAUCAGCAGAAUGGUCAUGAAGACGAGGCGGAGAGUUACGUAUGCGCCCUGUCCACGUUCCUACACAAGAGCUUCGGGGCGAACAUGAGCGCUGCAGCAGGGGAUAGGGGCAGGACUUUGGAGGUCAGGAGCAUCAGCAGAUCCUUGCAGGAUCCAGAGAGCAGCGAUCCCUUCCCUACGGCCGACGAGCUAGCGCUUCAUCUACGCCCGCUUUCGAUACGGGAGUACGAGCGAACGUGUAGCCUCCCAGGCCCCAGCCCGAGAGACUACUUGCAGCCCCAGGAUUCGCAACACCGCAAUCCUCCGGAUGAAGCGGGAAUAAAUCUGAGGAAGCGAGCGGAACGCAUGCGGCUCGAGAGACGGCAACGCAGAUCGUUGCGCGGUGGGGGCAAGCUGACGUACUUCUUCAACCGAUUGGACGUCGACAUGGCUAACGACCCCCUUCUGAAGGACGUUCUGCCACGGGUGACUGCCGUCUACGUUCAGGGAUAUCUCCCCAAGUUGCCACAUCUGCCUCGCCUGAAACGGUGUUACUGUACUGGACUCUGUUGCGAUGUGGAUGUUCCAAAGUCCGUCGUAACGCCCAUAGUUCCAGAGGUAGUGGGCAGCGAUGAACAUUUACACGAGACUCGCUGUGAGUACUGCGAGGAGGUCAUCGAGUUGUAG